CACAAUCUUAACUCAGUAACCGGACUCAAAAAGCUCGACGAGUAUCUCCUUCCUCGAAGCUAUAUCACAGGCUACCAAGCUUCGAAGGAUGACAUUGCCGUGCAUGCUGAACUUUCUGGCGCUCCAUCUGAUUAUGUUAAUGUGUCAAGAUGGUAUAAUCACAUUGAGGCCCUGUUGGUUGCGGCCUCAUCAGCUGUUGAUGAUGAUGACGAUGAUGUUGAUCUAUUUGGCGAGGAGACUGAGGAAGAGAAGAAGGCUGCUGAGGAGCGCGCAGCUGCGGUGAAAGCAUCUGGAAAGAAGAAAGAGAGUGGAAAAUCAUCAGUUUUAUUGGAUGUGAAGCCAUGGGAUGAUGAGACUGACAUGCAAAAGCUUGAAGAAGCAGUCAGGAAUGUUCAAAUGGAAGGCUUGCUUUGGGGAGCCUCAAAGCUUGUUCCAGUUGGAUAUGGAAUAAAGAAAUUGCAGAUUAUGAUGACCAUUGUGGAUGAUUUGGUGUCUGUUGACAGCCUGAUUGAGGAUCACCUCACCACUGAACCUGCAAAUGAGUUCAUCCAGAGUUGUGAUAUUGUGGCAUUUAACAAAAUCUAUAAGUUUAUUCUCCCAGUUUAAAUUGUUUUAUUGGCC